CUCCCAGCGGACAUUCACGAUCGAUUACAGCCAAGACAGUUUCCUCAAGGAUGGCCAGCGGUUUCGCUACAUCUCAGGAAGCAUUCACUACAACCGUGUGCCCCGCUUCUACUGGAAAGACCGGCUGCUGAAGAUGAAGAUGGCUGGGCUGAACACCAUCCAGACGUAUGUACCCUGGAACUUCCACGAACCCCAACCAGGACAGUACCAGUUUUCUGAUGACCAUGAUGUGGAACAUUUUAUUCAGCUGGCUCAUGACAUGGGACUGCUGGUUAUUCUGAGGCCUGGGCCUUACAUCUGUGCAGAGUGGGAUAUGGGGGGAUUACCUGCUUGGCUAUUAGAGAAAGAAUCUAUUAUUCUCCGUUCUUCUGACCUAGAUUACCUUGCAGCUGUGGACAAGUGGUUGGGAGUGCUUCUGCCCAAGAUAAAACCUCUCCUCUACCAGAAUGGAGGGCCAAUAAUAACAGUGCAGGUAGAAAAUGAAUAUGGCAGCUACUUUACCUGUGAUUAUGAUUACUUGCGUUUCCUGCAGAAGCGCUUCCGCUACCACCUAGGUGAUGAUGUGCUUCUGUUCACCACCGAUGGGGCAAAUGAAAGAUUUCUGCAGUGUGGGACACUGCAGGGCCUCUACGCCACAGUGGACUUUGGAUCAGGUUCCAACAUCACAGCUGCCUUCCAAAGCCAGAGGAAAACUGAGCCCAGAGGACCCUUGGUCAAUUCUGAAUUCUACACUGGCUGGUUAGACCAUUGGGGCCAACCUCACUCAACAGUCAGUACUAAAGCAGUGACCUCCGCCCUCUACAACAUACUUGCCUUAGGGGCGAAUGUGAACUUGUACAUGUUUAUAGGUGGGACCAAUUUUGCCUACUGGAAUGGGGCCAACACUCCCUAUGAAGCGCAGCCUACCAGCUAUGACUAUGAUGCCCCACUGAGCGAGGCAGGGGACCUCACUGAGAAAUACUUUGCUGUGCGGGACGUUAUCCGAAAGUUUGAGAAAGUACCAAAUGGCCCUGUCCCUCCAUCCACACCAAAGUUUGCAUAUGGAAAAGUUGCCCUGAAAAAGGUAAAGACAGUGGAAGAAGCUUUGAAUAUCCUGUCUCCCUCUGGGCCCACAAAAAGCCUUUAUCCCUUGACAUUUGUCCAAGUGAAACAGUAUUUUGGGUUUGUGUUGUACCGAACAACACUUCCUAAUAAUUGCAGCUACCCAACACCCCUCUCUACACCCACCAAUGGAGUCCAUGAUCGGGCCUAUGUCUCCGUGAAUGGGGUCCCCCAGGGAGUCCUUGAGCGAAAUAAGGUGAUCAGUCUGAACAUAGUAGGAGAAGCUGGAGCCACUCUGGACCUGCUGGUGGAGAACAUGGGGCGAGUGAAUUAUGGCAGAUAUAACAAUGAUUUUAAGGGUUUGAUUUCUAACCUGACUCUGGGCUACCAGGUCCUCACAGACUGGCUGAUCUUCCCGCUAAACACAGAGGAUGCAGUGCACAGCCACCUAGGGGGCUGGGGUGGUCAUCACAACAGCUACCACGUUGAAGCUGGGCCUCCCAAUUCAUCUAACUUCACACUUCCAGCCUUUUAUGUGGGGAACUUCUCCAUUCCCAGUGGGAUCCCAGACUUGCCCCAGGAUACAUUUAUCCAGUUUCCUGGCUGGACCAAGGGCCAGGUGUGGAUUAAUGGCUUUAACCUGGGCCGCUAUUGGCCUGCACGGGGCCCCCAGAUGACCUUGUUUGUGCCACAACAUAUCCUGGUGACCUCGGCCCCAAACAACAUCACGGUGCUAGAACUGGAGCGUGCACCCUGCAGCAGCAUGGGCCCUGAACUGUGUGCUGUGGAGUUUGUGGACAAGCCAGUGAUGAGCACAACUAAAAUGCUGCCUAAUCAGAAUUCAUGGCUGGAACAUGUAUGA